CAUCCUCACUUUACGCACAUCAAUUCACAUUCUCUCAGAAACCAAACAGCAAAAAGAGUAAUAAACCCAAAUGGCUCGUACCAAGCAAACCGCUAGAAAAUCCACCGGAGGAAAGGCUCCGAGGAAGCAGCUGGCGACGAAAGCGGCGAGGAAGUCGGCUCCGGCCACGGGAGGAGUGAAGAAGCCGCACAGAUUCCGUCCCGGAACCGUUGCCCUUCGUGAGAUCAGGAAGUACCAGAAGAGCACCGAGCUUCUCAUCCGCAAGCUUCCCUUCCAGCGUCUGGUCCGUGAGAUCGCUCAGGACUUCAAGACGGAUCUGAGGUUCCAGAGCAGCGCCGUCGCGGCUUUGCAAGAGGCUGCUGAGGCUUACCUUGUUGGUUUGUUCGAAGACACCAAUCUCUGCGCGAUUCACGCCAAAAGAGUGACGAUCAUGCCCAAGGAUAUCCAGCUCGCUAGGAGAAUCCGUGGUGAAAGAGCUUGAAGACUUAUCUAGCUUUGUCUAGUUCGUUAAUGUGUACUUUGAUCCAUGGUGAAUUUUCUAAAGGUUUAGUCUUUGUUAAGAUAGUCUUUAAGGUGUUCGACGAAAUACCUCAAUGAAUAUGUUCUCUUGUUUAAUAUUAUUGCCUAAUUGUCUUUGAUAUUUAUUUUCUAUUAUGUGUUUAAAUCA